AUGCCAGUAAAACAAUACCCAGAGGAUAUAGAGGUAGAUACCAGCAUCGUACCUGACUCACAGAUUAACUACGAUGACGCCAUAUCGUACUGGUCAUCAGUCCCAGCUUCAGUAAAUGGAGUACUUGGUGGGUUUGGUGAGCAAACACCAGUUCCCAAAGUCGAUAUAGUGGGAUCGCUCACAUUUCUACGCAAAUUGUCGUCCCGCAUGAACAGUGGUGAUCAUCCUAAAUACACAAUUGAUAUGGGAGCGGGAAUUGGUAGAAUCACUCGUGAUCUUCUUUGGAAAGUUAGUGACAAAGUUGAUCUACUCGAACCUGUCAAGCCAUUUGUUGAACAAAUGCCGGUUGAGUUGCAACAAGUUGAGUCACUGGGCAAAUUGGGAAGAGUCUAUGAUAUAGGUAUGCAGGAAUGGGUACCCGAUAAGCAAUACUGGUUGAUUUGGUGCCAAUGGUGUGUGGGUCAAUUACCCGAUGAUGUCUUGGUGGAAUUUUGGAAAACGUGUCGUGGUGCAUUGAUUGAGAAUGGAACCAUUAUAGUGAAGGAAAACAUUGCUCCAGUAGAGGAUGUGUUUGAUGAAACUGAUAGCUCUGUCACAAGGACUGAUCGGAAAUUUAGAGAAUUGUUUAUUAGAGCCGGGUUGAAAUUGAUUGCCAGUGAUGUUCAAAAGGGUUUACCAAAGGAAUUGUAUCCUGUUAGGAUGUACUGUUUAAAAGCGCAGUAA